AUGGCCCGCUUUCUCCUGAAAAAGAAACUCAAGGUCAGAAAGCCUGCACGAAUCUCCAAAGACCUGCGCCCCUCUCCUCCACCCCCAAGCCGGGGGCGGGGCUUCUCUGAGGUCCUGGCCUUUUGUCACCAGCUCUAUUCCUUAUGUCUCCCAGCUUCCACUUCUUCAAACAGGGCUGAGCUCGGAGGCCACCUUCUGCCAACAUCCAGCUCCUCACCUGUUUCCUGCAGAGAAACCACUGGUGCUGACGUUGUUUGGAGGGAGCUCAGACAGGGCCAGCCAGAACCAACACUCAGAGGCCCUCCCCAAGGCCCGCUCCUCCUGGAGAAACCAGAUCAGCUGCCCCCCAUUUUCCUCGAAGGAGAAAAGGGGGAGUCCUCGGCCUGGGAUGUUGUAGGGCAAGAGCGAAACGCAGCGUCCCCCGGCGUGGAGCCCCUGAAAGCUUCCCGCAGUGACCUGGGGAGCUCCCGCAGCAGUGCCAGCUCCGUGCAGGGCAUGCGACAGCCCCGGCUGGAGGAACGCAGCGACGCCAGCCUGGUGAGCAGCGGCUACGCGGGCGAUGAGGAGAGCAGCGAGGUGGACCUGGUGGACAGCCGUCGCCUCCUGCGCUUGACCAAAAGGCUCCACGCCCAGGGGGGCAGCUCCGAGAGCAGCCAGCUGUGCAGCAGAUCCCCCCCAAAAAAGUUCAAGCAGAGCCGGCUCGGCAGCCCAGCGCACAGCACCCAGCAGACUGGAGGGGAACAGUGAGACGAGGCUGCCCACGGGCAGCAGCAGCAGCCUGGGCAGCCUCAGCUUCAUCAGCCCGGGCAGCAGCAUCCUUACCUACCAGGUGAGCAGCGGGCUGCUCAGUGCCACUAGCGGGCCGCGCUCCAGCCAGGCCAGCAGCACCCAGAGCCUCGGGGCAGACAGCAGUGUGCCCAGCGCCCUCGACAGCAACACCAAACUCCAGGAGACCAAGGCAGCAGAGGUGGGCAACGUGACAAGCAGCAGCCAGGGCACCCCCGGCAAGCAGCCGUCCCAGGAGCACGGGCCUCUGUGAGAAGACCCCACCCCCACCCCCAGCCUUCUCCGUCAACGCCUUGAAGAUCCACCAGCACGAGGGCCCAGCCAAUCCAGACCACAGCCAGAAUACCAAAGCCAGUGGGAAAAUGCACGCAGAUUCGGAGUCCGCAGAUGUGUGGGUCCGACCUGUAACAGACUACAUGUAGCAUUAACUAUGGUUGCCAAGUGUCAUCUAUAGCAAGACACUCGGUAGCCAAGGAUGAGACCAGCAGUAUUAACAGGGCUGUAUCCCACAAGGCCAAGAACAACUGCCUCGAAACGGCCAGGGAGAGACAGCAUCAGGACUGUGAACGUGAGUGAGGAGCGGUCCCUCGCAAGACCUAUCCAGCCAUCUGCAUUGAGCAGCCUCACAGCAGGACCAGCUGCAGCAAAACUCAGCGGUGGCGUCAUCCGUGGCCAGCGACAGGUGUCCGCUAUACUGAGAGCCCCCUGCUAGGAAACCGUCUUGAGCAGUGAACGCCACCUACAACCGAACCCAAGCAUGACAAGCUCAGAAGACAGGCGCGCCAUCGCGGUGGGGCUGGUCCAUGUCAAGAACCACCUGCAGGGACCUGCCCAGCCUGAGACGGGAAGUUCUGGGGCCUUUCGCCAUCAUGGCCCCGCUGGGUGGGCAGGCUCACGUCUCCACCCCUCUCCUUGUCAGGAUAACGGGGAGCACCGUGGGGCUGACCCCGCAGAGCUGGGAGCUGAGUGAGUCGGCCAAGGGGAGGAGACCAGAGGCAAUGGUGCAGUCAUCCAGUGGGUGCCUGGGGGGAAGCUGAAGGGGCUCCCGAGACAAUAAAAGGUAUCUGGAGAGGC